ACCAUUUUCAUAAUAUUUGUAUGAAACUUGGACAAUUUCGGCUUGAAUCUUAAAGUAUAAGCAAUUUAAGAGCACAAUUGAUCCAGUCACCGACUUUCCGAAGCCACCCAAAGCCAUAGAAUGUAAAGAUGUUAAAAUACAUAAAGAGGCAAACGAGCCGCCGCCGCAGCAGCCAAGAUGCCACGGAUGCCGCUGCCACCUGUGCCGCCACACCCGACGGUGUUGACGUCGAUGCGACCGAUGGAGCGGUGUCGCAAAAACGUCACUCGUUGCGCUCCACAACCAGUUUCUGUGAUGAAGUGUUCCUCGAAGCGGAGGAGGAUGGUUCAGUUGGGGGCGGGGGUAUGGGAGUGGGAGGUGGGCCCUCCGAUGGCAUCAGCCUUUGCAGCCACGAUGACAUUUUUACAUACAAUUCGCGGCUUUCGAUGAAUCUGGCUUCUAUUGUGAGUGAACCCAACUGCCUUAGUUACUUUGUGCAGUAUCUGGACACACGGCAUGCCCUGCCUUUAAUUAAGUUCUACCUGGACAUUGAGAAUUUCAAGAGAGCGGCGCUCACACAAGAAAAAGAGUCACCCCAGGAGGAGAUUACCAAGAAGACGGAACAAUCUUCGCCGAACAAAGAUGACAACGAUGUACCUGAACUAAAGACGCUGUGCGAUCUUUCUAUGCGCAAUCCUCUUACCGACGACGAGAAGAGUCGGAUUUAUGCAGAGACUAAUAAACAGAUCAAUAGACAGAAGUAUGGAUCCGGAACAGAACUAUCCCGGGCCAGUGUCAGCGAUGCUAUCGCCAUCUAUCAAAAAUAUCUGAUAGUAAAUGCCGCCCUGCAGGUGGAGCUUCCCAUUGUUAUUCUCGCUCACAUAUCACUUCUACUGUGUGGCCGGGACAAGGCCCAGCCCAGCAGCCCCAUCCCAGCCAGCUGCUUCGACGAGGCGAGGGAGUAUGUGCUGGAGCAAUUGGAGCGAGACCACGUACAGGGAUUUCUACAGAGUGGAUACUAUUCCACCUACUGCUUGGAGUUGAUUGAAGGUGGCUCCAUAAACAUCUACGAUGUCCUCUACAGCGAACUGGCUUUAUUCUACUUUACCGAGUACCUGGAGCAGCGACAGGAGCGCGAAUGCCUGGAAUUCUGGAUUACAGGCAUUAAUUUUCGGAAGAGUUUCGCUUGCGAGGAAAGUGAGGAGGAUCGUAAGGCAGCCCAGAGCGACGCGAUGAUCAUAUACGACAGAUACUUCUCGCUGCAGUCCGACUGCCGGCUCUGGAUGUCGCAGAAGCUGCGAUUGAGGGUCGAACAGGCCAUCUGUGCUCCUGGCGAGCUGUGGCAGGCCUUUGACUUGGCUCUCUUGGUCACGGCAAAGUAUCUGGAACAGAAAUACUUUACAGACUUCCUAAAAUCUCACAUCUUUGAUAACUAUGUCAACGAACUGAAAGCUAAAAGGGAAACAUCCACAACAAACUCGAACAUUCAGCACAAGCUAAGUCUACGGAGGACUGGGAAAUCGGCAAAUGCCCAACAGCGCCACCGCAAGGCUUUAUCAAUGUCGGAUUGCACGCACAUCUCGCAGCACAACACCCUGCUGGCCUCGAUGGACCAGCUGCCGUCGAAAGCAUCCAUUAACCAGCCGAGUGGCAACCUAAACAUCGAUUCCAGGCAGCUGACAAAUCCACAGCUGUUGUGGCAACGUCCCAGUGGGGCACUGAAAUUCGGUUUUGUAAACUCUUUGGGACGUUACGAGCGGGACUUUGAGGCCGUGGAUGCAGUGGCUCACAAAUCGCAACCCUGGUCGCUGAGCGUCAGCGGUAAUAGGAUCAAGAAUGCGAUGAGAAAGCUGGUGAAUCUCCCAGAGGACAAUGUGCAGGAGGAGAUUGCUUGGCAGGUGGCCGAAAUGAUUGUCAAGGAUGUGACCAGCAUUACGCUGAGUGGCAAGACAUCUCCACUGGCCUAAAGUGCUAUUUAACUUUUUGAAUUUAUUUCAUAUAUUUUAUUUAUUUAUUAUUUUUAUGCUCAAAUCAAUGCGAGAAUCUCCCAUAGUGCACAAACGCUCUCUAACUCACUUUUUACUCACUUUUAAUAUUUAUCUUUGACUUGUUUAUGUACAAAAAUGAAAAACAAAACAAUCUUAUUUAUGUUGUGAGCUUUGAAAGCUUAAUAUUAUUAACUAAACUAUCGCUCGCUCAUUUGUUAUUGAACGCAACAAAACCCCAAAUCUCCCCAAAUCUCAAAUAUAUAUACAUAUAGAAG